GCGGGGUUGUACGUGCGAAGUUUAUUGCGUAGUUGCCGGUGUUUGGUUCUGUGUAUUUCCGUUGGUAGAUUCUCGGUGCAGCCGAUUGUUGUGUGCAUUCACUUGUCCCGAAAGUGCUCGAGUGCUCUAGAAUUCACGUUGAAACUGCAGUGCUUCGGUUGACCCGUUGCCCUUUAACCAUUCCUUCCACAGGUGCUAGUACGCUCCGAAGUGUUGGUGAUGUGUCCGCUUCCCUCCGGUGCUAGUGAGUCGGCGUGAAUGCAAAGUAGAUUUGCAAAGUGACGAAGCAGCAAUUGUCGCGCAGAUAAUUGCGAAUAAGUGCAGGCGAAGAGAGUAGCGCCGUCGCGACGUGGAAUCGGGGCCAGGGCACCCACCUUUGCCCCGCUACCUGGCCCUCGCCGGUCGCGGAUGAUUCACCGCGUAAAAACGCGCCAAGCUCGUGACCGCAGAUUUUCUAGAUGAGAUGUGAUAGUGGAAAACGUUUGUGACCAACACGCUCAACUAAACUUGACUGUGAUUUCCUUGGAAACUCUGGGAUUGCGUCGGAAUCAGCAAAAAUCUGGAGUUUGAACUCAGCAGCUGGGGAUAAACGGAAACGAAUCUUGCUGAAGAUAUAAAAUUAAUCUGAAGGGGGCACCAGUGAGGUUUGGGGGUUUGACGUUCGUUAGGUGAUGUAGAACGUUUAAAGAUGUCGAGUUGUUUAUUGAUAACAAAUUCAUUUGUGGGAAAUAAAUACACGACAAAGUCAUAACUCCAAGUACUCUACUCAAUAAUAGAAUUCUAUAAAUUCAGCGUGAGGCAAUUGAGUUUUGUCGAUGAUGUAACAAUUUGAAUGUGCAUAACCGGAACGCGCGUCAAUGUGCAGACCGCACUACUUUGCCAGUAAACGCGAAAUAAACAGUCCUUGAAAACUGCGCGCGUCUUGUGUUAAUAAUUUAUCAAUGUUUUGAUUCGUAUUUCGAUCACAUCCAAGCUUUCUCGUCAUGGUCCUAUUGUAUGCUGAUGUGAUACUUGAAAAAUGAUAAAGUGAAACCCAAAUUCAAGUGAUAAACAUGAUAAACGGUAUCUUAUUCUGUAGUGCGAGUUUGAAAAAAGACCUGAAUAAUUAGUGCGAAUAAUUUGGCUCUGUGAACACCUCUUUGAGUAAAAAUGGAGUCCCUUAAAACGCUUUCACUGAAACCAUGUGCAGUGAUGAAUUAUUUAGCUUUUCUUAUAGUGUGUCUCGUUAUUGUGGAGAGCAUUAUAGCAUUACCAACACCCGAUCCUAUUCUGGAUAACUUUGAAUUGGGCAGCGAAAAGUUCGGGGCUCCAUUAAUCAUACCCUCCGAACCUGACGUGACAUUAGAGGCAGCCACCGAUUUCACUUUGACAUGUCGCUCAAAAAAACCUGUAACAUGGCGAUUUCCGGAGAUCAUGGUGGAAUACGAAAUAACGGCAUUUGAAAAGUCUGGAUCUAGUUUGCCCCAUGGAAGCUCCUUGUUUCUGCGCGAUGUCCAAGUGGAGAAUGUGGGAAAAUACUACUGCCUUGAAACGGAAUUCAAUUCCACAAAUGAUGCACAAUUGGACAUUUUACUAACGUUGUAUAAAGCAGAAACCAUUUAUUUGUUUGUUAAUGAUCCUAAUCGACUUCUCGUUCCAACGCAUUUGGUAGUCAUGGCUGCGCAGUACGCCGAUGCAAUAAUACCAUGUAAACCAUCUUCCAAAAAUGUUGAAGUGGAAUUACUGCGGGAGGAUGAGUCAGCUCUCGAUAUGCCGAACCGUUACGACCCGAAAGUAGGAUACAUAGCCAAAUUGAUACAUAUAACCCACGCAGGCAUAUUCAUUUGCCGUGCGAAAUCCGACCAUAACCAAAUGACGUACAUAGAAGUUAUAGUAACCGGUUGUGAGUUGAGGAAUAAUAAUUGUUCAAAAGAUGUGGUGAUGGUUUCUAAAAACACAAAUGUCAAUAAAACGCCUAACAAUUUCAGUAAAAGCACAAUCCCUAUUAAUGAAUUCACUACUAAAGCUACUCGAAGCAUAUCUGUCGCGAGCACGUCGCAUUUCGUAACAUUCUUCCCGAUGUUAACGUCGACGCCGAUUCCUCCCAAACUCCUUCGAGUAACUAGAAACUCCAGGACUAAUAGCGAUCAUGCAUCUAACCAUACACGUAUAACAAAAACUCUAUCUACACCAGCCACCGCUGGUUCCACUACUACUAAUCACCUCAAACUUGCUCCUAGUUCUACUGAAAUUGGACGUAGACGUCGAGGACAGGACUUACCUCGUCGCAAUUCUCAAACGGAUUUUAUAAAUCGGCCAACAAUUGAAUCUGAAACGCACGGCCAUGCCAUCAAAGGAGAUAAGUUGCGAUUGAAAUGUUCCGUUGACGUACGUCCUUCAGUACAGUUCUCAAUUAAUUGGACUUUACCAAACGCUAAUGCAGCAAUGAUGGAAGGACGAGCAUUUGUUACGGAUACUACAAAAACAACAAAUAACAACACCAUUGAAUUAGAAACUGGUCAAAAUGAACUGACGAUUUUCAAUGUUAGCGAAAAAGAUGCGGGAUAUUAUACGUGCGGUGUUCUAGACCAUUCAUUGAAUCGUAAUAAUGAAUCUAUGUAUGUUAGAAUUUUAGACCCACAGGAAAGUUAUAUCAACAUGAGUGAACCCAGCAAUCACUAUACAAUUGAAACAGCCCGUAGGAAGCGCCGGACAAAAAUGCUUGUGAAAUACAAAGCGUAUCCCAUACCGAAAUUUACCUGGUACAACAAUGAAGGUGUAGAAAUCAAUCCGAAGGGACCUGCUAAAGACGAAGCCGGCGACAAAUACAAAAUCACAAUGACUGCGGACAGUAUUUUACUGGAAAUCCAUAAUAUCGAACUUAAAGACACGGGAAAAUACGUUCUAAAAGCGUAUAAUGAUCAUGUCGUGAAACAAGUGGAGUUCCAGUUAUAUAUAAGAGAUCAGCCAGCCGUGCAAAUGGAAAAGGUUUACUAUGUGCAGGUUGGCGAGAAAGCCAAUUUGACGUGCAGAUGUGCAGGAUAUCCAAAACCACGAAUUUCUUGGAUGUGGAUUCCCUGCUUAAUUCGACCUAAAUGGCCGCAUUGUCCGGCAUCCAGUCCAACUCUGUUCCAGUUUAAUGAAAUAGUACCUGAGAAUCCUGAUGAGUUGGAAGAAUUAGAGAACAACAGCUUUCGCACUCUGGAAGAAACGAUUUUGACACAAAUUUCGGAAUUGAAAUUCACCCCAGAUUCGCCUGGAUUUAUCAAAUGUAUAGCAAAUAAUUCGGAAGGCCAUGACACAGCCGACACGCAAAUCCUAUUAAGUGAUCUUGAAAAUCACCCACACGAAUCGUUUUCAAUUUUUGGAAUAGAUGAGUCUCACGUGAUAGCGGCAGGGGAUGAUGUUUCUAUUAAUUGUGGAGUUCUUGCGUAUAACUACUCUGGGAACAUCGAUUGGUAUAAAGAUGAGAACCUAAUACAAACGAAUUUGGACUAUAAAGUUGAGUUUACGGAAUCUGAAUAUUCAUAUAAAAAGAAAUUGACUAUGAAAAAUAUUCAUUUUGAUAAAGCCGGACUCUACGAAUGUCGUGCAAGUCUCAUAGAUGACGACUCAACACCAGAAAGUCGAUAUAUAAACAUAACAGUUAAUGCCCCUGAAACGCCAGCUAUCACUCAUUCAAAUUUGGACGGUUCAAAAAUUGGCAAAAAACUUGGUGAAUUUCUUCAACUUGAUUGUCAACAUAAAGGUCUUCCAAAGCCAGUUAUAUCAUGGUUCAAAAAUGAUGUACCCCUCCAGUUCGGCAAAAAUGACACAAGGCGUUUUCUUAACCACGGAAAUUCGAUACUGAACAUACCAUUCAUAAAACCGGAAGACGAAGGAGUCUACAAAUGCGUUGUGACGAACCGAUUAGGAUCCGCCGAGAGAAGUGUUUCUGUAGCUAUAACAAAUUUGCCAGGGUUACGCUUAUCAGUAAUACUAGGCAUCGUUGCUUUAUUCAUAGUGCUGGUAUUGCUUAUAAUAUACCUAUGUAUACGAUUUUGCCGUGAAAAGAAGCUACGGAAAGAACUCAAAGCUGCAGGACUCGCAAACUUCGAAGAAGGUGCCGUUGAACACAUUAAUCCAGCAUUGUCACUUGACGAACAAGCAGACUUACUACCAUAUGACAGACGAUUUGAAUUCCCGAAAGAGAAAUUAAAAUUAGGAAAACAAUUAGGAGCAGGCGCGUUUGGUGUCGUCCUUAAAGCCGUUGCUGAGGGUAUUAUACCUGAAGAAAAGGAAACUACUGUUGCAGUCAAAAUGGUUAAGAAAACCGCUGACAAUGAAGUAAUGAAAGCUCUCGUAUCCGAGCUGAAAAUAAUGGUCCAUUUAGGACAGCACCUCAACGUCGUAAACCUACUGGGAGCGGUAACCAAAAAUAUUGCUAAACGAGAAGUUAUGGUUAUUGUUGAGUUUUGUCGAUUUGGAAAUGUUCAAAACUUUCUACUGAAAAAUCGUAAAAACUUCAUAAACCAAAUCAAUCCGAAAACCGAUCAAAUUGAUCCGUCAAUUAUAACGAAAGAGAUGCGAUUUUCUGGAGAUUAUGAGUAUAAUAGCCAAGGCUUGAAAUACGCUAAAUUAUCAUUCUCACACCCCCAUUUGAAUAAUAACAGCAAACCACGAGGCGACGGCAGUAUCAAUUACGUUCGAGAGUCUGGAGUGGAUUAUGUGAGUGCUAAUGUCAAUAGUGCAACAACUGAAAUGACUACAAUACCAGGUGAUGAGAGCGUCAUAUUAUCCAACAACUCUAUCCAGCCUGCAUGGCGUUCGAACUAUAAACCCGACGAACUAACUAGCAUGGAUAUCAACACAACGCAUUUAGUAAGCUGGGCUUUCCAAGUUGCUCGUGGAAUGGAUUAUUUAGCCUCUCGGAAAGUUUUGCACGGAGAUUUGGCUGCCCGUAACAUUCUACUUUGUGACGAUAAUGUCGUUAAAAUUUGUGACUUUGGCUUGGCUCGUUCAAUGUACAAAAGCGACAACUAUAAAAAACAUGGCGAAGCGCCACUUCCAAUCAAAUGGCUCGCUUUGGAGUCAAUGAGUGAUCAGAUUUUCAGUACGCACUCCGACAUUUGGUCGUUUGGUAUUGUCUUGUGGGAAUUCUUCUCACUAGCCAAAGUACCAUACCCUGGAAUGGAUGCAAAUGAAAGUCUAUAUCUUAAGUUGAAGGAUGGAUAUAGAAUGGAAAAGCCAGAAUAUGCCAAUCAAGAACUCUACGAUAUUAUGCUGGAAUGCUGGAGCACGAACCCAGAAAUGCGACCACCUUUCGGUGAAUUGGAGAGAAGAUUCGCGAAGAUGUUAGGAGACGAUAUCACCAACCAUUACUUAGACCUAAAUGAUCCUUAUUUGAAAAUGAACUCGGAGUACUGCAAAACCGGUGGAACCGAUUAUCUGGCUCUAAUGGGAUGUCCUGAAGAGGCCGCGCCACAAGCACCACGAUACGUUAACGGGAAAUUAAUUGCUGAACUAGAAUCGCAUCUCUUACUUUCAGCUGCAAAUGCUUCUACAGACGCCGACUACGUGCAAAUGAAUCCAAAAUCUGGGAACGCCAUAUUCAGCCCACGUCCACAAGAUGACUACGUACGGCCCGAACACUUUGUGUUCCCGACUCCUAUUUCACCGACGAUUUCGAAUAAUCUCGAUAGUCCGUCUUCGAAGAACCGUAGGAAGGGCGUAAUCCCAGAAGAAGUGCCGAUGCUCAAUCGAAGUGCAGGUUCUGAUUCGGAAGCAGAACUUAGCCCCGAUGUCAUCCCCUCACCUUCCAAACAGUUUUCAAGUCUUAACAAAGUGCCCGAUUCCAGUUUAGGGAAAGUUGGCAAUGAUAACUAUAUAAACGCUAAAAACAGUGAUAUAAACAGAAUCAGAACCAAAGAUGCAUUUAGCAACCCCGAAUAUCUGAUGUUGGAUAAUGUGAACGAAAAGCGAAAGUGAGGAACGUGCUACUUACCACGAAUAUAAUCGGGGAUUGCAGCCGCGGUUCGUUCGAUUCCUUCAGAGGAACGAAAAGUGAUCGGUGGGAUAGGGUUGAAGCGGAGCACUUACUAAUUGUUCACAAUACAUUCGAAUCUAAGCCAUUGUAAUGUGUAUAAGACUUAUAUUAGUAUAAACCGAAUAUUUUGUUUUAUACGUUUUUAUAUUUUUAAGGUAAGCUUACGGAAUAUUAUAUUAUGUAUCGAAUACUAAGAGUAAAUGACUUCGAAUGCUUUAAUGUUAAAUGUGAAAGUGAAAAUAUACUUAAAACAUAAAUUACAACUAGCAAGGUUUACUGUACAAAUCUAAGUUAUUUUAUUAAAUGAUAUUUUAAGAAAA